AUGUCUGGAAAGACACGUACUCUACUGGAAGCGAUGUUUAAUGUGUUUAAUAUGAAUAGUGAAAAUUCUUUUAUGGAGCUUGUGAUGAUAAUACCAUUUAUACUUGAACGCUUUUUAAAACUUUGUCAUAUAAAGGUGGAGACUUUGAAUAAUUGGCUUACAACAUCUAGGAUAAGACAAAAUUCGGCAGUAUCAAAAUUAUGUAUGUGUUGGAUAAUUGAAGCUAAGGCACUAAAACUUGUAUUCUCAAUUACUAUAACAGAAAAUAUUUACCAGAAAUUGCAGGAAUAUCCUAAAAGAGAACAUGAUAUGCUUAUACAG